AUGGAGCCUCCAAAUUGUAAAACUUACUUUUCAUCUUAGUAUUACCUAAAUCUGUAAUGGAUGGAUUUGACAACCUCUUAUUGACUUAAACCUAAUUUAUGAAUUAAAAAAAGAAGGUAUUCUUGGAAGACAAUAUAAAAUACGGAAAGGAAAUAGACAGAGAUUAUAAUAAAUUAUAAGAUAUUCUUGAUGUAUAAAUAUGAUAAUAUAUGAAGAAUUUAUAAGGAAAGAUUGAUAAAAUUAUAAAAUCUUAAGAGGAUGACUUUAUGAUAGCAUAUAGAGAAUAAAUGACAGAGGUGUAAAAAGAAUUGAAAAAUAUGAAAAGAAAAAUAGAUGAGGAAGCUUUGAGAUAAAAGGCUGAUGAAAAGAAGAGGAUUUUAGAGGAAGAAAGAGAUUAUUUUAAGGAAGAAGCCUUAAGAUUAGAUAAACUAUGUUAGGAAUAGUUAAGAACUAUUGAAGAACUUAAAUUUAAAUUAAAAAUAACAUUAGAAGAAAGACAAUAUUAUGAAGGCUUUGUUAUUGGUAUAAUAAAAUUUAAUUAAAAAAAAUAGAUUCUAAGAAGGAAAAUAAAGCAUUAAAAUAUGAAUUAUUAUAUUUGUAUAAAUAAAAAAGUGAGGAAUAAAAAUAAGGUACAAGAUUAGGUUCAGUUGGGAAUGUUGGUUAAAGAAAUAAUAUAAAAAAGAUGUUAGACAUGAGACCAAUGACUUAAGAUGGUACAUAGGUAAGUUCAACAAAAGAUGAAAUUGGUGAAGUAUCUAAACGAAAUUUUUCAUCAGCUAAAUAACCAUAAAAAACUUAAUUUUCGAAUAAAUUUUAAGAUUAAGGUUCUUCAUUAAAUGAUUUCUAUAAAAGAGAAUUAUCCUCAUAAUAAUAGAGUAGAUAGAAUUAAGAUAUGCAAUAAGUAAUAAUCACUUUAUAUUAGAUUGAAGAAAUAUCAAAAAAAGAUAUAAUAUCAGAAUUAAAGUAAUAACUAUAAAAAGAGAAAUAAUUAACUUAAUAAUUAAAAGUAGAGCUUUCAUAAUAAAAUUGCCAAAGAGGAGAACUUGAGUCAAUAUUACUUGAAUGUGUUGCAGAAGCUAAAAAAGAAGUUCACUCUCGUUAAUCUUUAUAAAAGCAGCUUUUGAAUCAUAGAUAUUUAGAUUUAAAUCAUCCUGAUGGAGAAUUAAAUUUCUCUUCAUUUACACAUACGGAUAAAAUGUAUUUCAAAAAAUUUUAUACUUUAGUUAAUUGUUAAGAAAAUAUAUUGGAAGCGAAGAAUUUUUAGAUUAGUUAUAUUAACUUACUUUUCAUAAUUAAUUGUAAAUAUCAACAUCACUUAAAUUAAAUGAAAAGUGGAAGAUGGAUGCUGAAGAAGCAACUAAAAAAUUUAAUAAUUUUAAAACCUUUAAAUUUAAACACAUUACCAGUUAGCGUAAAUAUUAUAUAUGAAUAAUAGCUAUUUUAAAAACUGCACUUGUAAAGAAAAAUGAAAGAGAAAUAAUUUCAAUAUCAAAUAAUUUCACAGAUAAAACCAAAGGUCUUAUUGAUAAAAUUAUUAAAAAUUGA